AUGGAGGCAAUCGACGCUCUGACCAAGCAGCUUGUGCCGAUCCCAAGUCCACAGGUGUGCGUUGCAUUUAGGGACAGGAGCUACCAAGACGGACUCCGGGGCAUCCCUCGCGCUCCGGUGAAGGCGUUCAGGAAGGCGCUCGAGCAACGCGCUACUGUGCUGCUGAUGGACGAGUUUCGGACCAGCAAGCUGUGCUCCUGCUGCCACCAGAGCCUUCGCAGAGCCCGACAGCUGAUCAACAGAAACGUCCUGUGCUGUAAGAAAAGUCUCUGCAGGAACCGAGACGUCAAUGCUGCCAUUAACAUUUUGGAGCAUCUCAAGUGCAGGCUGCUUGACCUGGGGAGGCUGGCAACAUUCCAGCCGUAA